CGAGCGGGCGGGAAAGGGCGGGAGUUGAAGCGAGCGGCAUGGGCGAUGGCUCGCCGAUGUCUUCCGGUGAGGUUGCCGCGGCCCUUGGGGUAAUGAAGGGUGUUAGAGCAGCAGCAGCAGGAGAUCCGUCGGGAGCAUCGUUAUUGGCCAAUAAGAAGGGGCAGGAAGUCGAGGAGGGGGAUUACGUCGUGAAAUUGGGGGUGCCGUUCACAGCUUCGUCACACAGGAGCGGCGGCGGCGGCGGCGGCGGGGGCGGGGGCGGUGAGGGAGGCACGAACGGGAUCGCGAUUAUCGCGAAAAUCGUAGGGCGGAUACUUUCUAUCUUGCGCUGGGAGGGCAAGGUAGGCGCAAUGAGAAGGAAUCGGAAGAAGCAACCCUUGGGCGCGACUUCGUCGUCGAUUUCGCCGAGGUUCUUGAACCUGGGCACGUUGGCGCUCAUCUACGUGGUUGUGGAUUAUUGGCGGGAAACUGGUACGUGGCUGUCUCCCCAUGCAGCUGAUGCCAUUCAGACCUUGUUAUGGACCGGGUUGGCCGCCGCUGCCAUGAUUCAAGCUCUCCACUACAAGCACUUCACGCCGGAGAUCGUCUUGAUACCUCGAUUCCUAGGGAGCAUCCUUUUCAUGCUGACAGCUCUCGCGAUUGAGGCCGUCUUCGUUCAUCACGUAACUGCCGGAUUAGGGCUAACGUGGCACCAAUCCACGCCGCCUCUGCCCGAUUACGGAGAGCUCCUCCUCCUUUGGUCUAACGAUUACUUUCCCGAGUGGCUGAUCGCGCUCCUCCGGGCUCCGGUGAUCGGUCUCCAUCACUUUCUCAUGCUCUUUCUCAUGCUUGCGUUCUCUGUCAUCUUCGGAUGUAUUCGCCCUGCUGGCGUGGGGUUGGGAUCGCGAUACAUGACCGCCAUGGGACUAGGUCGAUUGCUUCGGGUUCUCGUGUUCGCCGGAACGACAGUGCCCUCCCCUAGGCCGUGGUGCGCCGAGACCCGCUUCCCCUACCUGCCUGCCCACCCUCAACCCUUCAUUCGCGAGUUCUAUACGCCCUACGUGCGCGGUGCUGAGUCCUACACGAACACUGACACGCUGAGUAGGUACAGGCUGCUGAAGCUGAUGCUGGCGACCGACUCGCACACGGCGCGGGAGACUUGGUGGCAUGGCCAGCGAUACCCCGACGAAUACCGCCCUGAUUGGGGUGUGUUCCAGCCCUUGGCCUAUUUGUUAAGGCCAUGGGACCCCUCUAUGACGGGUGGAACGGGGGGUCAGGCCUAUGAUUGGCUGUCGAUCCUCCGGAGAGCCGGCGGCGGAUGCAACGAUCUGUUUUACAGCGGCCAUGUUCUCGUCGCCACAUUAACUGCCAUGGCCUAUCAAGAUGCUUACCCCGGAUGGACCUCGUGGAUGGUAUGGGCCCUGCUGGGCCAGUCCGCUCUGCGCGAGAUUCGCGAAAGGCAUCAUUACACCGCUGACGUGGUGGUGGGAUUGUUUGUCGGCGUGGCUUUGUGGCGCUUGACGAAGCGCUUCGGAUGGUGCACGGAGGAGGAAGACUAUGAAGACGAGGCCAGGUCUAGAAGAGAUGCUCUCAUCCUGAGAGCAGCGAAAGAUGGAGAUAUGGGACGGGUCAUCGACUUGCUAACUGAGAAAGAGGGGGUCAACGAAGAAAUGAAGGGUUCGUUAUACGUUAAGCUGCGCUGCCGCGGGUCAACGCUUUGUCCCAGCAGACGGCACCGAUCAGACGGCGCAUCAUCGGGAUAUCGAGCAGACGAAGCAUCGGGAUACCGACAGACGAAGCAUGGGGAUACCGAUCAGACGAACGCUUCGCGUCGCCACGUAGGAUUGGACGUUAUGAAGAUGAAGGAAGAGGACGAGAGGUAUCAAGAAGGUAAUAAUGGCAGAUUGUUGAACUUGAUGACCAUUGUGUCAGAUGGGGAAGUAGAGGAGGAGGUGGGAUGAAGAAAGGUGCGGUAAGAAGCGGGAGAGGAGCCCGCAGAGGAGAGGGGAGGGGAACUUGCAGUCUGCAUGAGCAGUUAGUACGCGCGAAGACGUUUUUUCACUGAGGUUGUCCUUAGUGUCUUUGUAUAGCGGGGAGCGGGGGACAUACCUGUGUGAUCCUUAGUGUAAUACAAAAGAACGGCUGUAGUUGUUGUACCAAACAGGGUAUCGGAGGAUAAUGGAGAAGGUAGAUGUUGUAGGGGUUGUUGCACGGAAGGGGGGGAAAGGGGAGAGGAGGGAGAAGGGCGUUGAUGAUCAACGGAUCAAUCCUCCUCCUCUGGUAGGGCAGUGCAAAAACUGAGAGGAGGGGAGGGGAGAGGAACAGAUGGGAGAAAGUGGGGGGAAAUGCCGAAUAAGAGAGACGGAGCAGGGGAGGGGAGGGGAGGGGAGAGGAGGUGCAAGCAGAUGGUCAGGUCUGUGUGUGUGUGUGUGUGUGUGUGUGAGAGAGAGAGAGAGAGAGAGAGAGAGAGAGAGAGAGGUGGUUCUGGAAAUGGGACGCAGAGGGGGGAAUAGUGAGGACGGUUUUCGUAUAUUGGAAGGUCAGAUGACAACGGAGGGAGAGGGAAAGAAACGGCGGUCGUAGGCGGAAAUGAGGGCAUACUCACACUGGGACCAUUUCAACUUCUCUGUGAACGUAAUUGCGGUCAGGUGCAUCCAGGACUGGUUAGAAAAGCAGUCAUAUCCAUCCACAGUACUCCCUGAGAGGGAUUAGCAUUCAUCGUUGUGUGAUAAAGGUCGAGAACUAGA